AUGAACGAAAACCAUCUGAACCAGCUCUCCAUCUUUGAACCUCCGCCGACGGACACGACCAUACUUACAAGAGAAUGGGUAGAGUUUAGACCUAUCAAUCAAAUUUCUGAGUAUUCUGCUUUGGAAUUCAACAUUCCUCCUCUCUCCACCGGAUACAUGGACCUUCAGAACAGUCGCUUAAAAGUUAAGCUAAGAAUACUAAGCCCGCUGAACACCCCCAUCACCGAAGAAAAUGCCGUUGGUUUGACUAACUUACCUCUACACAGCAUCUUUUCUCAAGUGGACACUAGUCUACAGCAGACUCCAGUGUCACAGCUGGGAACGAAUUAUCCCUACAGGGCCUACAUCGAUACCUUACUAUCUACAUCCUCCGAAAACUACGAAGUGCGUCAGUCUCAGCUCUACUUUAAAGACACCUCUGAUCCCGACGAUACGGACCCGAUCAAAGGGAUAAACAUCGGUUUAUUUCAAAGAUAUCAGUUUACCAAAGGUGGAAAAAUUUUGGACUUGGAAGGUCCCUUACACGUAGAUAUUUUUCAACAAGAUCGUUUGGUUUUGAACGGGGUCGCACUUUCCCUAAAACUAUGGCCUAGUAAGGAUUCAUUUAGAUUAAAGUCAGCUGAGGGUAAAGAUUACAAAAUACAAAUUAUCGAUGCCAGUUUUAAACUCUGCAUUCAGCGACCUAAUCCCGCCUUUACCAUGGCGCAUGUGAAAAUGUUGGAGAAGUCCCCUGCCGUGUAUCCCUACUUAUUUUCUAAUUUAAAAAUUGCUUCCAUCGCUAAGGGAGAAUUCAGUUUGACCAUAGACGACGUGUUUCAAGGAGAAGUUCCGUCUACGCUCAUUCUGGGAAUGGUGUCCAGUAGCGCCUUUAACGGGGACUAUAAGAAAUCUCCUUAUAACUUUCAACAUUUUAAUUGUAACUUUGUAGCUUUCUACGUUGACGGGCAAUCACUUCCCUCUAAACCUAUACAACCGAAUUACGACUCAGGCGCGUACUUGGAAGCUUACCAAACCCUUCUUCAAGGUAGAGAGCACGUUAGUGUAGAGCGACGGGAAUAUCCCAUUGGAAAUGCAUUAUAUGUCUUGAAUAUUAAUCCCUACAUCGACUUUAAUACGAAGCGGAAAGGUCAUUGUCGCUUAGAAUUAAAAUUCGCUCUACCCCUUCCCGAGAGUGUGACUUUAAUGUUAUACGGAAAAUUCCCACAGGUUCUCCACAUUGAUCAGUCUAGGAGCAUUAUAUUCAAAUGA